AUGGACAUUUCAACUACCUACAAACCGAAUUAUACCGAUGUCGAUACACCCAGAGGGAGGAACAUGGAACAUGUAUCAUUUGACUUUCCGGAACUUGAUGAUGAUACCUGUUCGCCACUCCCACGCCGAAAAGAUGAGAAUGCCAACGACUUCAUCCUCAUGUCCUCUCUACUCAUGAUGCUCGGUGGAGUUGCAACUCAUGCUGCAAAGGUAACUGGACAUAGUGCAGAAUACUUGUUGCGCAUGUUGGUUACAACAUUGAAAGAAAAAUGGAAACGAACCGAAACACACCCUGUCAUUGGACAAGAACUCUUCUUUGAAUGCCAGAAGCCGAUACAUGCAUCACAAGAAGUACCACGAAGAUGA